AUGGAGAUGUUUCGAUACCAGAGACAACCUUUUGAAUCAAUUCCGGUGAUGCAAGAUGUACUGGUCGCAAUCCGAGAAACAUGUUCUGGGAUUAUUUUUCAGAUACACAAUACGAAAAAAAUAUUUCCCGCGGUGAUUUUUCGUCGGAGGGUUUAUGCUGAUUCGUGUUUCGGAGUUGUUUCGAUUGAAUGGAGACUAACUUCAUUCAAGCAUGUUGCGUUCGCGCCAACACAAGAAUUGAAAAAUUUGAAGCUUUGGCAACUUUGGGAGCAGUUUAAUUGCAAGUACCGAGCGUUAAAAUCGCAAGAUCUUGCCCGAAACGAAACUGUGAUAUGGACAAAGAUUCAUCGUGGGUGCAAUCAAUGUGUUAUUGAGCGUCAAUUGACGUAUGUGCUUGCUGAAAAGCGGAUGCGAAAGCUGGGACAUCAUUUGGUUUCGCAUUUCUGUCCGGAAGAUGCGACGAAGGGCUUUUUUCAAGAGGUUGCAGGUCCUGACGACCUAUUCAUCAUGUAUACUACGAGUGGAAUGAUAGCCGACCUUGUUAUGCUGCCAAAUUCCUUAUUUACAUGCUGGAACGCGUAUUAUGGUGUCCAAAACCCGUACCCAAACAGCUGA